CCCAUCCAUUUCCCAUCAUAUUUCCCUUUCCCAUUUUAUUUUAUCACAUUUCCCCUGCCCUGCCCUGCCCUGCCCUGCCCUGGUUCUUAGUUCGAAAUUUCACCUCUCCCCUAACCAUUAACCAAGUCGAAGCCCGAGACAAAGAUACCCAAACUAAAAACAGGGAAUUGAAAGUUCAUAAAGAACUCUCCUUUGCUCACUACUGCCUUCAGGCUUCAACAAAGGACCUUUCUCUUAUUUGUCUCUGCUUUUGCAAUUAAUCAAUGCACCCUUCGCCCCUCUGCUCCGCAAACAACUAAGCUGGUUUUGUUUUCUAUAUACGAGACCUUCAAUGGAUCAUAUAUUUGACCAAGUUUUAAAGAAUAUUAAACUAUACCUUGAGGUGUAAACUGGCCUGAUGUGUGGGAAUCUUUGGUUUCGCUGACCAUUCCAGCAACUACAUACCUGAGAUCUCUUCUGGCUCAAGGAGGAACAUUGUGCUUUUUAACUUAAUCGGAUGUUUUGUUUGUGGAGCUGAUGAAAUGGGGUGUUCUGUUUCGACUAGUAGUCGGAGUACUUGCAGUUCCGGGAGCCGUGGGGAGGCAGUUUCUCCUUUGUGUUUCGAGAUUGGAUUUUGUGGGACAAAGAGAACUAAGAGAACGUUCUCUGAUCAUGUUAUUACGCUGCAGAAUUUACCCUCAGUACCCAACAGGAUUUUCACAAAUGGGAAGAGCCGAACUUCUUGCAUAUUCACUCAGCAGGGUCGAAAGGGAAUCAACCAGGAUGCCAUGAUUGUAUGGGAAGAUUUCAUGUCUGAAGAUGUGACCUUUUGUGGUGUAUUUGAUGGCCAUGGUCCACAAGGUCAUCUCGUUGCUCGCAAAGUGCGAGAUGCCCUGCCCCUUAAAUUGCUAUCCUCCAUGCAUUCAUAUCAGUCGAGGCAAAAUGGGUCCGGAGGAGCAUGUUUGAAGGGGAAUUUGAAGAAAUCGGAUGGCUCUCCUGAGGACAGAUUAAAUUGUUUGUGGAAGGAAACAUUCAUGAAGUCAUACAAAGCCAUGGAUAAAGAGUUGAGGUCCCAUCCUAAUUUGGACUGCUUCUGUAGUGGUAGCACUGCUGUCACUAUAGUGAAACAGGGCCCCAACCUUUUCAUGGGAUAUAUCGGGGAUUCUCGUGCGAUUAUGGGAUCCAAGGAUAGCAAUGGUUCAAUGGUAGCAAUCCAAUUGACAGUUGAUCUGAAGCCUGAUUUACCAAGGGAAGCUGAAAGGAUCAAAAAGUGCAAAGGUAGGGUUUUCGCAUUGCAAGAUGAACCCGAAGUACCGAGAGUAUGGUUGCCAUUUGAUGAUGCCCCUGGGCUAGCAAUGGCUCGAGCUUUCGGGGAUUUUUGUUUGAAGGAAUAUGGCGUUAUCUCUAUACCUGAAUUUUCCCACCGGCUCCUUACGGAGAGAGAUCAAUUCAUUGUUCUUGCCUCAGAUGGGGUUUGGGAUGUAUUGAGCAACGAAGAGGUGGUUGAGAUUGUAUCCUUGGCUCCUACCCGGUCAUCCGCUGCCAGGAUUUUGGUGGACUCAGCUGCGCGCGAAUGGAAACUAAAGUAUCCUACUUCAAAAAUGGAUGAUUGUGCGGUGGUUUGCUUAUUUUUGGAUGGGAAAAUGGACACAGAAUCUGAUUACGAGGAACAGGGGUUAUCAUCUGCAACCGUUCAAAGUAAUCAUUCAGGUAAUGCAAUAGAAACCGAUGAUGGGCAGAAGACGGAGCUAUACUUGCCGAGGAAUUUCACGGUUAGAUCAUCGGAAGAAAGUGACAGUUACGGGAGAGUAGCAGCAGAGUUUGAAGGAAAUGUGGAAGCAGUCUCGACAGAGGAUCAAAACUGGUCAGGUCUGGAAGGUGUGACACGAGUGAACUCACUUGUCCAGCUUCCAAGAUUUUCCGAGGAAAGACCUAACCCUUAACUUUUGGGUAUUGUCUAGAAACGAAAUUGAACUGGUUUUGCUGUAAUAUCCAAGGAAAAGAAAGCCCUAGUGAAAUGGUGCCUAUUGUGUUGUACAUUUCUGCUAUAAUUAAAGAAAUUUCUCAA